AUGGACGAGGCGGAGGUGGUGGAGCGGGGUGCCCAGGGGCCCUACGUCGAGGGCGUGGAUUACAAACUGGGCAGUCUGCAGCUGGGACUUAUAUACGAUUUCCAAUCACUGACCUUGACACUUAGGAUCGUCAAGGCCAAGGACUUACCCGCCAAAGACGUGACGGGCACUAGUGACCCGUAUGUCAAAAUCAUGCUACUGCCCGACAAAAAACACAAACUCUUAACGAAGGUUAAGAAAAAGAAUCUGAACCCACACUGGAACGAAUGUUUUCUGUUUGAAGGU